AUGUCAUACGAAGACAGCACAACGCCUCUUUCGGAAGCUGGUAAUGAGCAACCACAAUCUUACACUGGUGAAGCGGAUCUUAACUUUAGCAGUCUCAAUGACUACAUCAAACAAACCUAUGGCGGAAUCAAUGGCCUUCCUGCCGUUGUCAGUCCAGAAGAACAGCCUGCAGCUGUGGAAGAAUCGCUUCCUUUCUGUUUGCCGUCUCCCUUUUCCAUUGUUGGAGAUGGCAGUGACGAGGACGAAUCCUCCUGGUCUCUCAAGAGCAAUCAGAACAGCAGUUUCAAUGAAAACGAUGAUUCCACCAUUGGUCGUUCUGCUGGCAAAUGGACGUUGCGAAGAAUCGCCCUCGAUUUGAGUUUGUACAUGAACUUGUUCAUUACUUUUGCCAAAUUCAUUGCCUACAUUGAUACGUUCUCCUUGUCAGUGUUGGCUGCUUUAUUGGACAGUGUUUUGGAUGUGGUAUCGCAGUUUGUGCUGAAUUAUACCGAAAAGCACUCUUCUAUGCAACGAUCGUCGGCCUUUUAUCCUGCUGGGGCUAGUCGAUUGGAACCGAUUGGAGUUUUGACUUGUGCCGCUUUAAUGGGUAUGGCAUCUUUUGAAGUCUUGAAGGAAUCAGGAACUGCCUUGUUCUACAAAACCAACACUCUCGAAGGCAUGGAUCUGAAAGAUGAAAUUCUUUCCUUUUGGAGUAUGGUAGCCAUUAUUGUCAUCAAACUUUUCUUGUAUUUCCUGUGCAAGCGCGCAAACCACAAGGCGGCUACUGUCACUUCCAAGCGGGCGCUUCAAUUGGCGGACCCUACUUUGGAGGCACUUGCUCAAGAUCACUGGAAUGAUACCUUGAGUAACGGUGUGGCUGCCAUUGCAUUGAUCUUUGCUCUCUAUGCCGAUUCCCUCUGGUUCUUGGAUCCUAUUGGUGCCAUUCUGAUCUCAUUAUACAUUAUCUGGAGUUGGUACGAGACUGGAAAGGAUCAAAUUGAACAAUUGACUGGAAAGUCCGCACCACAGGAAUUCAUUGACGAGCUCUAUGAACUAGCUGAAAUUUUUGAUCAACGCAUGCAAGUGGACACCAUCAGAGCCUAUCACUUUGGGCCCAAGUUCUUGGUGGAAUUGGAAGUCGUCAUGCCCGAGAAUACUCCAUUGAAAACAAGUCAUGACGCUGGAAUGGAGCUACAGUAUGAAAUUGAAGCUCAAGAAGAAGUGGAACGGUGUUUUGUCCAUAUUGAUUAUGAGACGAGAGAUUAUGAUGAGCACGUCGUUAGCAAGGUUCCCGAAUUGAGGGAGCAGUUGCUAAGGCGAAGAAGGCAGCAAGCCUUUCAACGUCAUUCGAGUGUGUAG